CCCCACCUCCGGGUGUCCCUAAAGGCCGCCGCCGGCUCCCAGCCUCGGGAGGACUGGAGCGGGUUGCCAGCCCGCGCGGGACCCGGGCGGCGCUCCGCGGGGAGCGCAGCUCAAUACGCCGCUUACGCGCAACUCCAGGGCGCGCUGCCUUCCAGCCCAGCUCUCCGCAGAGCACAGCGCUCCGUUGUAGCCCGUCCAGGGGCUGGGAGCCAGCAACUCACAAGGAAGCCUUUUCGCUGGGGCCUCAAGGGGUGGCUGAAGCCAUAUACUAUUUUAUAGAAUUAAUGGAAAGUAGACAGAACAUCACAAACCAAGAAGAACUUUGGAAAAUGAAGCCUAGGAGAAAUCUAGAAGAAGAUGAUUAUUUGAAUAAGGACUCAGGAGAGACCAGCAUGCUGAAAAGACCUGUCCUUUUACACCAACCAACCCAUUUUGAUGAAUUUGAUUGCCCCCGAGAGCUUCAGCACAAACAAAAACUCUUUCCGAAGUGGCGCUUGCCAAUUAAAGUCGCCGCCGUCAUAUCAUCUCUGACUUUCCUUUACACUCUUCUGAGGGAAGUAGUUCAGCCUUUUGUAACUUCCCAUCAACACUAUUUUUAUAAGAUUCCAAUCUUGGUCAUCAACAAAGUCUUGCCAGUGGUUUCCAUCACCCUCUUGGCACUGGUUUAUUUGCCAGGUGUGAUAGCAGCAGUAGUACAGCUUCGUAAUGGAACCAAAUAUAAGAAAUUUCCACAUUGGUUGGAUAGGUGGAUGUUAACAAGAAAGCAAUUUGGGCUUCUCAGUUUUUUUUUUGCUAUACUGCAUGCAAUUUAUAGUUUAUCCUAUCCAAUGAGGCGAUCCUACAGAUACAAGUUGCUAAACUGGGCAUAUCAACAGGUCCAACAAAAUAAAGAAGAUGCCUGGAUCGAGCAUGAUGUUUGGAGAAUGGAAAUUUAUGUGUCUCUGGGAAUCGUGGCACUUGCAAUACUGGCUCUGUUGGCUGUGACAUCGAUUCCAUCUGUGAGCGACUCUUUGACAUGGAGAGAAUUUCACUAUAUACAGAGCAAGCUAGGAAUUGUUUCCCUUCUACUGGGCACAAUACAUGCAUUGAUUUUUGCCUGGAAUAAAUGGGUAGAUAUAAAACAAUUUGUAUGGUAUACACCUCCAACUUUUAUGAUGGCUGUGUUCCUUCCAAUUGUUGUCCUGGUAUGUAAAUGCAUACUAUUCCUGCCAUGCUUAAGGAAGAAGAUAAUGAAGAUUAGACAUGGUUGGGAAGAUGCCACCAAAAUUAAUAAAACUGAGAUAUUUUCCCAGUUGUAGAGUUGCUGUUUAUAACAUUUUUGUUCAAUUUCGAUAUAUUUCCUCAUAAACAUUUCAAAUUUGUAUUCAUUUAAUAAAAUGAUCACUGAAUAUCUUAAUAUG